AUGCAAGUCCAACGGGUCGGCUGCAACGCUCAUGUCAUGUCUGUCCUUGAACUCUGGCGUCCAGGCGUCUUCGAUGAUGGCGUUGCCAAUAAUUCUGUCCCGGACGCCAAUUUACAUACGAACGACAUUUACGUCUGCCAGCACAAGGAUUAUCCUUUGCUUGACUCAGAUGUUGCGGACCAAGAUGAUGAUGUUCUAGCUGUUAUCCAUUCGGAAUUACAAGUUGACAAAAGGGAAACAGUACUAUAA